UGUACGUAGUAAGUAAGCUAUCACUUCAGGUUUCUAUAAAUAGAGAAAUAUUUGUUCACAUCAAAUCCAUAACAAAAAUCUUAUAGUCAUCCAUAAACACCAUCACCACUAUGUCUUUCAAGAGUUCUCCAAUUGGUUUUAGUUUGUUGGUUUUGGGGAUUCUUGCUCUGAAUGCAUACUCAGAGAGGGCAUCGGCACAAGCAACUUGCCAACCUGGGCAACAAGGGUGGACUUACCCCCUAACCCUAACAUGUUCUGGAUGUGAUCUUAAAUGUAAAAUGAUUUGUGCCUUUAAGCCAUAUACCAAGUUCUGCAAUGGCAAUCCAGGCUGGUUUACACAAGGAUGUUUGUGUUGUUGUGGAGCAGCAAGCCCUGUCCCUGUUCCACCAUCACCACCACCUCCAUCUCCACCACCACCACCACCCCCAAGAGAUCCACGAGAUUUAUGCUUUCCCACUGAAAUUUCUCACUCGUACGCAACCCCCGCUUGCCCCACAUGUUCAACACCAUGUAAUUGUGGUCCAGGUGUAACUCCAACAAUGAAUAAUGUGUGCGUUAACAAUUACUGCAGCUGUUGUUGCCCGUAAGAAGUACCCUGUCAUCAUCAACAGUGACUCCUGGUUCAUUAAUUAUUCGCAGUCAUUAGCUAGCUGCAGCAGCCUAUGUGAAUGUCAAUAGAGUGAUCUCUAUGCGUUUAGUAAUAAUAAGCAGCAGCAUUUUUAUUUUUUUCUUGUUAUUUUGUUUAAGGAUGUAGUGAAUCAAUCCAUGGUUUCCAUUCUCGAUUGACAUAUGUGUAUCGGUAUCAUAAAAUGAUGGUGUUGAUCAAUCUACAAAGGUAAACACACUAACUUUUCAUGAUU